AUGGAUAAUUUUACAGGAGAAGACAUAUACAGUUGGUGUAUACAAAGAGGGAUUAACCCAAAGAAGUGUAUGGGAGUGGGAGGAAAUUUUUCUGACAUUCACGAUGAUGCAGUAGUAGUAGGAACUUUAGAUAAAUUGUAUGGGGUAAGCAAACCCCGGAUUAUAGAUAAAUGGAGAGAGGAUUCAGCGGAAGUUGUGGCUAUAUUAAUAGAAACAGAAAAUGAGUUAGAUACCUGUUUAAUACCUAUGAUGAUUGUAGCAAGUGUAGAGGUAGGAAGAAGAUGGCAUAUUAUUUGGCCUAAAAUUGGAAAUGAAGAAGCCACUAGUGCUCAUAUAUCAGCUUUCUCUGAAAAGUCGGUAGGAAGUGGUGCAAAUAGUAAUACACAGGGAAGCCGUGCAAAUGUGAAUGAGGGACAGUUUGAGACCAUGGUGGAUAGAGUGGUCACUCAGCUAGAGAGAUGGAACUAUGAGGGAAGUUACAGAAGGCUGAGAAUAUUUUCAGGGAUAGUACCUGUGCCACUUGGUGAAGAAACGUAUGAGGCUUGGAAAAAAGCUGCGGUUCAACAAGCUGAGAAGUGGCAAUGCCCAGAUCAGAUAAAAAGGCAAAGGGCAGUAGAGAGCCUAAGGUGGCCAGCCAUGGGAAUUAUUCAAGCAGCUAGGAGGAGCAAACCACAAGCCACACUGGAAACUUAUUUUGAAGCAUUGGAUUAUGCGUAUGGCACCUUAGAGGAUGUAGGAGAUCUAACCUCUAGAUUACAUCACACAUUCCAGGAACCUGGGGAAAAGCUUAGUGUUUACCUAAUAAGAAUAGAUAAACUCUUGUAUAAAAUAGCAGAUAAGGGUGGUAUCACUAGAGAGGAGGUGGAUAGAAGCAGGAUGAAACAGCUUCUCAGAGGAGCAUUGACUACUGACUCUGUAGCCCAAAAAUGA